GAAAAUUUUCAAAUAUACUUUAAUUAUAAUCAUUAAUAAUUAGUAUAAAGAAGUAACCUCGCACGAGCCAAAAUUCAUCUUGAUUUAACUUAAGAUUUGAGGAUGCUUUCGUCAUAAUGACAAUAGUGUAUUAUUGGCAAGGGCUUGGUUUGUCGUCGCACAUCAAAUCGGUGGAGGCUUAAAACUAAUCUUGCUGUCGUAUUGUAAACUCGGCAUAACGCUUGUGCCGAGGAAGCCGCCACCGAACAUCGUGUUAAAAGGCUAAUUAGGAAAAAGUAGGGCCUACGUGUGCGAGUACAAAAAUGGAAUCGAUGCAGAAUGCGUAUUCGAGAAAAGUUCACGAUUCUUACGAGGAUGAAGAGGAGAAGAAACAUUUUCAACGUAUUGUUUCAGCGUUCAGACACUACAAAUCUCAUUCCCUGCAGAGAGUUAAAAAGACAGAAUCUUAUCUAUUAUCCUUACCGGUGCAUCAUCAAAAACUCUUAUCAAAAUAUAAAGAACAUCUUCAGGAAGUCAAGAGAUGUAUUGAAUAUAACAACGACAUAAUAAGGCUCAUCAUAAAAGAUGUAGCUCAUAUUUUUGAAAAUGUGAGCCCGGCUAGUGCACAAAAUGAUAGUACACAGAACACCCGACCUGUACUGGCUGACCAAGAAAAAGUACAAGCUACUAUUAAACAAUUAGUUCGUGACUGGAGCGUGGAAGGAAGUGAAGAACGUAAAGCUUGCUAUCAACCUAUCAUAGAUGAAAUAACUAAUCAAUUUCCAUUAGAUAAAUGUACUCCAUCACAAGUGCAAAUUCUAGUACCUGGUGCAGGAUUGGGUCGUCUUGCGUAUGAAAUUGCAAGGCGUGGUUAUACUUGCCAAGGGAACGAAUUUUCUCUCUUUAUGCUCUUCGCAUCACAUUUUGUAUUAAAUAAAUGCAGAGGUAUAAAUUCAUAUCAAGUGCAUCCAUGGGUACACCAAUAUAUGAAUAAUUUAAAACCAGAACAUCAAACGCAAGCUGUUUUCUUCCCUGAUGUAAAUCCCAGUGAUCUUCCAGAAAAUGCACAAUUUUCUAUGACGGCAGGAGAUUUCUUAGAAGUUUAUACGGAAGAUGACCAUUGGGAUUGUGUUGCUACAUGUUUCUUUAUAGAUUGUGCAAACAAUGUGGUACAAUUUAUAGAAACUAUCUAUAAAAUUUUAAAACCGGGAGGAAUAUGGAUAAAUCUUGGUCCGUUGCUGUAUCAUUUUAGUGACAUGCCUAUGGAAGAUUCAAUCGAACCAAGUUAUGAUGCGGUCCGUGAUGUUAUACAAGGUUUUGGUUUUCAUCUUGAGAAAGAAGAGACACAUAUGAAAACACGUUACGCGCAAAAUGUGAACAGUAUGUUACAAUGCGAGUAUAAUAGCGUUUAUUUUGUAUGUCGGAAACCUAAAAGACAUAUUAAUAUAUUGGGUCAUCAAAAUGGUGCUGAAAGUAAUGGCAUACAAGAACAAGAACAAGAAAAUUAAAUCUUGACAAAUCUAAUAUGUUUUACUCAUGAGGAAAAUUGAUGGAAUUGUACAAGGACUAAAGUACUACAAUUUAUACAGAACAAAUUCAAAGACAACCAUAAAAUAUUUAACUUCUGGUAUUGUAAAACAAUUUCUGUGAUUCAAAAGCUUAUUUGGAUACAAAUAAGUGUUAUUUCAUAUUCCCCUGAGAACUAAAUUUUUUUUAACAUCUACAAGUUUCUUUAAUAGUACGAAACUAAAUAUAAUUAAUAACUGCAUAGAACAGUAACUUUUAGUAACAAUUUGACAAUUUCCCUAAUGAGUCUUACAUUUGUGAUCUAGCAUAAUAAUUAACGUUUAUUUGUUUCCAUCGUGUAUCAAUAGCUAUGACAAUGUAAAAUAUGACCAUUUCCUCUUCUGCUCUCUUCUGCUGUUUAGUUGGGAAUAUUUCGAUUUACUAAAGUUAGUAAUAAUGCUAAUGACAUAUCUUUACAGGUGCUAACGAAGCCUUAUUUAGUUUUUUCUUUAUCCUUGGUCAUUAUUGCAAAUAAUGAAGACAAGUUAAAAAAUCAAAUUAAAUUAAACGAACAGACAAAGUUUCAUCGGAGAAGAAACUACAGCUUAUAUAAAUAAAUGUAUCAUUUUUCUAUAUUAUCAUUAAUUCCUUUAAAAAAUUAUUGUAAAAAGCAUGUAUAGAGAAUGAUAUAUAAAUAAUCACUGAAAGUUUUUACUUCGUUAUAUGUGUUAUUAUUCAGAUAUAUAAUUUUGUAAUGGCAAAUGUGGAAGUAAAUACUUUUCAAGCGUUUUUUUCUCUCUAUCUUUCUAUUAUGUUCGUAUUAACAAUUAUUUUUUAAAUACCUUAUACAAAUUGAACUCUCUCAUCAAAUACAAUUAAUGUAUUGUCUUAUUUUUAAUAAAUCUCAACAAAAUGCAAUGAGAGGAUAACAUAUCUAAUUUAUAUAGGUUUUGUAUUCUAAAUUAAUUCUUUUACAGAUCAUAUUCACCUUUUUCGGCAAAUCAAAUUGACUAGCCAACCACACACAAUUAGGGGUUAAAUUAAUUUCCUAUUUACAGUA